GGGCGCUGGGCGGCGGACGAGCGGCGCGGAGCGGGGAGCCGGGAGCCUGAGCCCCGGGGCUGCGGCCGCCCUCCCCUCCGUCCCUCCUGCGGGCUGCCAGAAAAAAAUAAAAUAAAAUGGAGCACAUGUUACUGCUGUUCAUAUUUUUCAUACCUAUAUUGGGUCUCAGUAAUGGAACAGAAACUGAACAAGAUUUUACUUGGCAUUUAAAGAAGAUUCCCCAGAUUGUGAGAGAAAGAACAUUCUCCCUUGACAGCCCUAAAUUUGAAGCAAAAGCCAAAUUAGAGCUGAACAGUGUAUGUGGAAUUGAAUGUCAAAGAAAACUGCCAGUGCCAAGCUUGUCUGACUUGAAAAGCCUCUUAUCCUAUGAGACUGUUUUUGAAAAUGGCACACGGACCCUGACUGAAGUGAAUGUCCUUGGAGCAGCGCUUGACCCAUCUGCAAACACAACCACACGAAGGCCUCUGAGAAAGAAGAGGCAGAUAUAUGGAACAGACAGUAGGUUCAGCAUCUAUGACAAGAGGUUUAUGACCAACUUUCCGUUCAACACAGCUGUGAAGAUCUCCACGGGCUGCAGUGGCAUUCUGGUUUCCCCCAAGCACGUGCUAACAGCAGCCCACUGUCUGCACAACGGCAAGGAUUAUGUUAAGGGCAGCAAAAGACUGAGGGUGGGCCUGAUGAAGACAAAAUCCAGAGGCAGCGGCAGGAAACGCAAAGGCGCUAAAAGAAGUAGGAGAGAAAUUUCUGCGGCCAAAGAGGAUCCCAAAGCUGCCACAGAAUUAAGGCGACAAUCCAAAGGUGAUGAGAGAAAGCAGAGGAGAUCUGGGAGGAGGCAAGGGACCUCAGAUGGCACGCCCUCCUUCCAGUGGACGCGGGUGAAGAGUACGCACAUCCCGAAAGGCUGGUUUAAGGGUGUCUCUGGGGAUAUUGCCCUGGAUUAUGAUUAUGCUGUUCUUGAGCUCAAGCGUCCCCACAAAAGGAAAUACAUGGAGCUGGGAAUCAGCCCAACAAUCAAAAUGAUGCCUGGGAGCAUGAUCCACUUCUCAGGUUUUGACAAUGAUCGGUCUGGGCAGCUGGUCUAUAGAUUUUGUAGCAUUUCUGAUGAGUCCAAUGAUCUGUUUUAUCAGUACUGUGAUGCUGAGCCUGGCUCCACAGGAUCUGGCAUCUAUCUCCGUCUGAAGGAGCCAAACAAAAAGAAGUGGAAACGCAAGAUCAUCGCUGUUUACUCAGGCCAUCAGUGGGUGGACAUCAAUGGUGAACAGCAGGAUUACAAUGUAGCAGUACGAAUUACUCCUCUCAAAUAUGCCCAGAUUUGCUUCUGGAUACAUGGGAAUGAUGAAAAUUGCACACUAGGAUGAAGAGCGCCGAGCCUCACUGGCUUAGCACCCUCACUGCCGUAGAGUUGAAAGGCAACGGUGACUGGAAGAACAUCACUCCACACCAGAAUGUUUUUGAACUCUGAGCUUGCAAGUAGUGCUGUGGUGACUUAAGGAAUGCUAAAUUGCUAGGGGAGGGGUAGAAUUGUCAGACAAAAUAUUUCUAAUUGUAAUCAACCUAGAUAAGCACUUAAAAUCCCAAACUAUAUUUAUGUUUGCAGUUGUGAUAAAUCCAAGUCAUUAAUGAGAAAAAACAUGGCUGCACCUGUUUGUAAUAUUUUUUUCCAGGGGAAGGGUUGAAACAUCUCAAACUGGUGUUACUAAACAAUAUCUAUUUUUUUUCCAAUGGAAUUGCUUUUCUCAGGGUUCUGUUCCAAUUCCUCAAGUGCAAGUUGUGCAUAUAGCAUGUCACUGUAUGUGCAGAAUGAUCCAGAGAACUUCAUGAGAACAAGACAUUAUUCUGGCAUUCUCUAAAGACCACGGGUCCAUGCUGAGAAGCAGCACUAUAGCUAAUGAUUGAUAGCUUGGAAAACUGUCUCUUCUGGUCACUGCAGGAACACUCCCAUGGAAAUUCCAAAUUUAUGUAGCUGGGGGUUACAAUUUAAAGAUAAAUUCACUUCAUUGCUCAGUAAAAACAGCAAAAAAAAAAAAAA